UCCCCCCUCCUCUUCCGCCAACGGCAUUCCGAAGGAGGGGGUCGCGAGCCUCCUGGCUCCGUCGCUAUGGCAACCGCCGCGGUGUAAACCGUCGCCGCUUUGCCUCAGGGCCGCCGCCGGUUCGUCAUGGCAGAGCUGGGUCUGAAUGAGCAACACCAGAAUGAAGUUAUCAACUACAUGCGAUUUGCACGCUCCAAGCGUGGCCAGCGUCUUAAGACAGUAGACUCUUGUUUUCAGGACCUUAAGGACAGCAGGCUGGUGGAAGACACAUUUACUAUUGAUGAAGUGACAGAUAUACUGGAUGGCUUGCAGACUGUGGUACACAGUGAGGUGGAAUCAGAACUUAUUAACACAGCCUAUACCAAUGUAUUACUUCUGCGCCAGAUUUUUUCCCAAGCAGAGAAGUGGUAUCUUAAACUGCAGACUGACAUUUCUGAGCUGGAAAAUAGAGACUUACUAGAGCAAGUUGCAGAGUUUGAAAAGUCAGAAUUUACAUCUUCAAAUAAGAAGCCUAAUCCAGAGUUGGUGAAGCCUAAACUUACUCCAUUGCAUGAAGGAGCAUCAGAAUUAUUGAACAAGGAAAUAGCAAGACUCCAAGAAGAAAAUGAAAAAUUGAAGACUAGAUUAAAGACCAUAGAAGGGCAUGCUACAAGUGCACUGGAUGAAAAAUCAAAGUUAGAGAAGGCUCUACGUGAGCUACAAAUUGCCCAGGGAGAUCAAAAGUUUAACCCAACUCAGGAUAUUAGUGAGUUAGAAAAUACUAUGGCUGAUCUGAAGUGCAAGCUUGAAAAGACUUUGCAAGACAGUACUGCAAGCCAAAAAUCAUUGGAAGAGAAUUUGGUAACAACAAAGCAUGAUCUCCUUAAGGUUCAAGACCAGUUGGCUAUGGCUGAAAAGGAAUUGGAAAAGAAGUUCCAACAAACAACUGCCUACCGCAAUAUGAAAGAGAUUCUCUCCAAGAAGAAUGAACAGAUAAAGGAAUUACGAAAGAAGCUUUCAAAAUACGAACCAGAUGAUUAAGGUCUGAAGAGCAUUUGCUGUGUUAAACUGCCACAAAAAGAAAAUGCAUAGGAUUUU